AUGGGGAAGAGCGAUGGCAAGACGGGGUUAGGGAGAGCGCUGGUGAAGCACCACAACCAGAUGAUCAUUCAAUCCAAGGAGAAAGGCCAGUUCUACAGGCAGCAGAACAGGGUUCUCGAAUCCAUCACCGACGUGAACGACGUCGACGCCGUCAUCGAGCAGGCCGAAGAUGAAGAGCGUCUCCUUCUCGCCGGUGACCGCCCCGCCCCCAACCUCCCUAUCAGUCUGGAUGGGGCCUCGAUUUCGAGUGUUAUGACGCCGGAGGAGAGGAAGGCGCAGCAGAAGGAAGCGGAGUCUUUGCAUGCUAAUAGCCUGCGAGUCCCUCGCAGGCCGCCGUGGAAUCCUGAGAUGUCGGUGGAGCUACUUGAUUCCAACGAAAGACAAGCUUUCUUAAUCUGGCGGCGAAGCCUUGCAAGCUUAGAGGAGAAUGAGAACCUGGUUCUCACACCAUUUGAAAAGAAUUUGGAUAUCUGGAGACAACUUUGGCGGGUGCUUGAGCGCAGUGAUCUUCUUGUGAUGGUUGUCGACGCACGAGAUCCUUUGUUCUAUCGUUGUCCUGAUCUUGAGGAAUAUGCAAGAGAAAUCGAUGAGCAUAAGAGGACACUACUCCUAGUAAACAAGGCAGAUCUUUUGCCCUUAUCAGUCAGGAAGAAAUGGGCCGAGUACUUCCGCCAAAACAAUAUUCUGUAUGUCUUCUGGUCAGCCAAGGCUGCUACUGCACUCCUCGAGGGCAAAAAGCUGAUGGGACCUAGCGGACAAGAACAGGCGGACGAUACUGAUACCAGAAUAUAUGGCAGGGAAGAGCUUCUAUCUCGUCUGCAGUCCGAGGCAGAAGCCAUAGUUUCAAGGAGGAAUCGAAAUAAUUCCCCCGCUAAAUCAGUGACAGUGGGAUUCGUCGGGUACCCCAAUGUCGGCAAGAGUUCAACGAUCAACGCCCUAGUCGGACAGAAGCGAACUGGCGUGACAUCAACUCCUGGCAAAACAAAACAUUUCCAGACGCUGAUAAUGUCCGAGGAGCUCACCCUAUGCGACUGCCCCGGUCUGGUGUUCCCUUCCUUCUCGAGCUCCAAAUACGAAAUGAUCUCCUCUGGAGUCCUGCCAAUCGACCGUAUGACCGAGCACAGGGAGGCCGUCCAGGUGGUUGCAAACCGUGUCCCCCGCCAUGUCAUUGAGGCCGUCUACAGGAUAGCCCUGCCGAAGCCCAAGUCAUACGAGCCGCAGUCUCGGCCUCCAUUGGCGUCGGAGCUUCUACGAGCAUACUGCGCUUCGCGAGGGUACGUUGCAUCGAGCGGACUGCCCGACGAGACCAAGGCUGCACGUCAGAUUCUGAAGGAUUAUAUAGAUGGGAAGCUGCCUCAUUAUGAGUUGCCACCCGGAGUUUUUGCUGACGAAGUCAAGGAUUUCAAUGCUGAUAGUGAUUACAGUGGGUCUGAGUUGACAGAGUCUGAUUCGUCGGAUGUCGAGGAAGGAGGAGAGAAGAAUCCGCGGCCUGCGAUGGAGCAUGUGCUGGAUGAUCUGAACUCCUUUGACGUGGCGAAUGGGAUUGCGUCGAGGAAAACCACGGAGAAGAAGAAGUUCAAGGAGUCAUUCAAGCAGCACAAGAAGCCUCAGAGGAAGAAGGAUAGGUCGUGGAGGACGAAGACCGACGACGUCGAUGGGAUGCCGGUGGUGAGAGUCUUCCAGAAACCUCUCAAUACAGGUCCUGCGAAGACGGCAUGA